AGGCAUGUGGUGUUGUAGUUGAAUUAAUUAAAUCAAAGAAAAUGGCAGGUCGUGCAAUUCUCCUUGCUGGACCUCCCGGGACUGGGAAAGUAAGUAUCAUGUGAAAUAUUUGAUGAUUAAGGUUUCACUAAAUAAUGUAGUUUAUUUCCUCUUACUGAACUCCUUAGCUCUUGUCGCUCAUCUUUUGCAAUGAUGAAGAUCCAGCCUUACCGAUUAAAUGUUUUGCUAAAAAAGAAUAAUUAUAAAUAAUUAUAGUGUUUUUAAAAAGUGAUUUUCGGAUGCAACUCUUUAGAUAACUUGUAUAUGAACAUUUAUUGUCCCUAACUGUUGGCAUUACGUAUUUACCAUAAUAAUUAGAACAUAAGAUGAAAUAUGCUGCAUCAGAAUAGUGAAUAUAGAUAUACAUGUGGUUGCCCAUCUGUUGAAUAAAGCUUUUAUCACUAAUUGUGAAUAUGCACGGUUUUCUUUGAUUCAAACUGUCCAUCAAAUGCCAUACAUGUACUGAAACUGUGGGGGCAGGCUGGGGUGAUGAAUACAAUUUAAUUUUCAUUUGUGGAAGAUUUCUUGAAAGGGAAUGAAUCGAAACUGAAAAAAGAUGUAACUGUACUUUGAGAAGAACUACGUCUUUGUUCUGUUUAGAUUGAGUGGCUAUCGAGAAAUCUUCCUCAAAGUUUAACGAUGCACAUAAUAUUUCUAUCAUAGACUGCCCUUGCGUUGGCUAUUGCUCAAGAGUUGGGACCCAAAGUUCCAUUUUGUCCCAUGGUCGGCAGUGAAGUCUAUUCAGCAGAAAUUAAGAAGACUGAAGUUUUGAUGGAAAAUUUUCGAAGAGCAAUCGGUAUUUUAGCGUUUGUAGCUUUAAUAGAAUUGUGUUAAUAAAGACUAGACUAUUUUGGAAUUUUUGUCAGAGAGAGCUAGUACAACUAUGUACCUGAAAAACAUAAGCAGAACUUCAACAUUUUGAGCGAAGCCACUUCGUCGGGAGUUCUGUUAGUAGGUUAGGCUAUGGCGAAGCCUCCGCGAAGGGCCUUUGUAAAAAUAUUGAAGUUCUGCUUAAUAUUUUUCAGAUAGUUGUAUCUCUUUCAAUUCACAGCUGUCUUGGUUUUGUUGGAACCUUGACUGGCAGUUUGGCACCAACCAUUCGAGACUAUCUUGUAUAUUUUAAGUAUUUGACUUUAUUGUCUCACUUGUUGCGUUUGCAGUUGUUUAUUCUUUUGGAAAUCAGCAAAAAUUUAUUUUUUUGUUAUGGCUAUUAAUUUAGUGUUUGUGCUAUAAAAUGGUGUUUUUAACUUUCUUCUGUUAUAUAGGUUUACGUAUUAAAGAGACUAAAGAGGUUUAUGAAGGAGAGGUUACUGAGCUUACUCCGUGUGAGACAGAAAAUCCUUUGGGAGGUAAAAAAAUCCCCGCUUUGGUUUUUACUUUUAUUGUCACAACAGUGGCUUCUAAACUUGGAAAGUGUGAAGCUGUGUAAAUUGCCCCACGCCCCUGGGAAUCUUGGAAAACUAGAUUUUUACAUUAGUCCUAAUUAAAAGUCCUGGAAUUUCAAAGUGACCCCUGAAAACCCCUGGAAAACUAUAUUUGUUUGUAAGAUACUGUUAAACAUUCUGUUUAAAUAGAAUUGAUUACAAAACUUUUUUGUGCUUAGCAUAUAUCGAUCUUUGUCGAUAGUGAUACAGCCAUUUUCGUCCAAGUACAAACCGCAAACAUUUUCGCGCGUUUGUUUACGUUUGAAACGGGGCGUUUACCGUUGGAAACUGAAAUGUUUCACCGCUCAUGUGACGUGUCACAUUGAAAAGCCUUAAGCUAUUUUUGGCGCAACUGUCAUGUUUUGAUGUGCCUCCGUGCACGUUUCAAUAUGUCCAAGCCCAUGAUAAUACGUUCUAGUCACAAAAAGUAUGAAUAUAAACAAGUUUGGUCGCUCUUACAAUAUCGUGAGCUUGGAAAUACUGAAAAGUACACGAAAGCACAUCAAAACAUGAAAAAUAACUGAAUUAGGCUUUUCACUAUAACACGUCGCAUGAGCAGUGAAACAUUCCGUUUCCAACGGUAAACGCCACGUUUCAAACGUAAACAAACGCGCGAAAAUGUUUGCGGUUUGUGCUUGGACGAAAAUGGCUGUAUUACAGUACUUGAAAGUGAUAUUUAAAAACAUUUAUCAACUUCUUGGCAAAAGUAGUUUUGUCAUAUUUCCAAUACAUCUGGAAAGCGAGAAAAAGUCCUUGAAUCCUGAAUGAUUUUUUAGGAUAUGGUAAAACAGUGAGUCAUGUUGUUAUUGGAUUGAAAACUGCCAAAGGAACAAAGCAGCUCAAGGUUCGCCAUCACGUAACUAACAAAUGCUGAAUAAAAUUUUCUGGUUAAAUAAAAUUGUAAAUACAGUCAUACUAUAUUCUGUUUUGAAAUUUGCAGUUGGAUCCAUCAAUAUACGAAACACUCCAGAAAGAGAAAGUUGAAGUUGGUGACGUCAUUUACAUAGAAGCCAAUAGCGGAGCUGUCAAGGUGGAUAUUUUCUCCUGCUUAUAUAUAAUUGUACAAGAAGAAUAUUUAGGCCCCAGUUACACGAUACUGGAUUCGCUUUUUACGCCGUUCAGGAGUAAUGUCUGCCCACAAAAUUUCCCCUUGCAGGGUGCGAUAAUUCGCGUACUUACGACGUACCGGAGGUACGCCAGUAUUACGGUCUGGUACUUCUUAAAUGUUCCUUGUACCUACCUGGUACGUGCCAGAAAACAAAGAAGUUCUUUGUUUUCUGGCACGUACCAGGUAGGUAUGCGGAACUUUUUGCUGGUGCCACAUGACCUUUCCAAGCCCAAGGUCUUCAUUACCGUAAUGUAAUUGGUAUUAUCAUGUGUCUGAGAUGUCGUGGCAUGAAACAUUAUUGGCCGGAUGGCACUAAGAAACGUUGGAGUCGACUGUUUGUAUAUGCAAUUGUGCUUCUUUUUCUACCUCGUUGUCUGAACCAUAGAUAUCUUAUAUACACUAGAUAGUGCAUCUAAUUAUUCUGCAAUUCCAAAAUUGAAGCCGUGAUUGCAGUCUCAGGUCGUUCCCAUGAGAUAAGAAGAUUCGUAUGUUUUCUAUUUCAUAAACAGGGAACUUAAACCUUAAGUUAACCCUAUUCAAAAUACAUUUUUAAACUAUUCAAAUGAUGAAAGUUAUUGUUGUUUUUAAGUGUUUAUUAGCAAGUGGGAACGACCAACAUGGCCGCCAUCUAUUCAAAUGGGGGUAACCGCUGGAAUAUUCUUGGCUUCAAUUUUACUAAAAGAGAUGCGCUAUCUAGUGUAUAUAAGAUAUCUAUGGUCUGCACGUAUUUUUCAGAAACCUGUACUUUAUGAACCUUAUUUUUAUUACUAAGUACACAUUGAGUACUGAGUUUGUACUAGCUCAAGUACGUGGCAACAAACAUUGGCGUACCAGUCAGGUACGACUAAAAAUCUUGAAUUAUCGCACCCAGUUAACCCCUUUAACAGUUUUUUGUUUUAAUUUGUCUUACUGUGUUAUCGCAAUGUUAAGUGUGAAUGUGAAACCGUUAAAUUCGAUGUCUGGACAAUGAAGUUCGUUAUCGUGCAACUGGGGCCUCAGAUACAUAAUUUACGCAAAAGUCAGUUUUAUUGUACAAACGCAAACCAUAUUUGUAUUUUUUCUAUAGCGUCAAGGACGUUCAGAUACGUUUGCAACAGAAUUCGAUCUUGAGGUAAAUUCACUAAGUUAAAUUUCUUUGUUUUGCCCUUCUGGCCAGAACCCGAAGUGACAUAAUGUACGCCAUGUUUCCUAGAUGUUGAAGAACAGCAGGGAAUAUCGAACUCACUUAUUUGCUUUUAUAAUAGUUAUAUAUAGAAACAGCCGAAAUACGGAAAUAUCAAAACUGCGGAUGCUUCCUUUCACUUGAAGAAACGUGUCAUGUCUUCACGUCAAAAUGUCCAGGAAUGCAGUCAUUCUUAACGUUGUGAAGUCGACAUCGUGGCAAUGGCGACAUCUAAUUUGUCCGCAAGAAAUUACGCUGAAAUGGCUAAUAAUAAUAGUUUGAAAUAUCGACAAAAAAAGGUGCAGGAAUGUAGUUGCAUUGAUUCCUGAACAUUUUGACACAAAAACACGGCACUUUUUUCGGGCGAGGGGAAACUUUCGCGGUUUUGGCAAAUAUCGGCUAAAAUUGUGUCUGCUUGUUUACGUCUGUUGGAAAUCUUAGAAUAUCGUGGAUUUCAUUUGAGUCUUGGAAAUGUCCUGGAAUCCUGCACUAGCUCCUGGAAACCCUGAAAAAUUAUUCAUCGUUCUUGAAUGCCAAUGAUUACAGUACCUAAAACUUGCAUUGUGAUUGCUCAUUUUUCUAAUAAGUAAAUAGCUCUGAAGAUGUCCUGGAAAAUUACCAUAUACUUACCUUCUUGCAACUAUUGUUGUUGGAGAGUUGUCUGUUGCUGUUUCUGCAUGCUAUACUCUUGUUCUUGCGCCUGUAUGUUAGGUUGUCGGUUUUGUUUUUUCUAUAGAUAUAUCCAUGUUAUUAUUGUUGACGUAUUUCAGGCAGAGGAGUAUGUUCCUUUACCAAAAGGCGAUGUUCACAAGAAGAAAGAGUUAGUUCAAGACGUAACGUUACAUGAUCUUGAUGUUGCAAAUGCAAGACCUCAGGUUUGUCAUUUUAAACAUUAAAUACACUCUUCAAAGAUUUUGCUUCCUGGGGAAUACCAGGAUUUUGGGAAUGUCACUCGAUACAACUCAAUGUUAAAGGUUUUGUAGAUGGAAAUCUCGAGUAUGAUUUUAUACAUUCUGUAAACCUAACCAGGAACAGCUGCGAAAUAUGCAACUUACUACUAGCUUGACCCCUAAACCCUGCCAGGGGCAGUAUUUUGCCACUUGUAGACUGUAGCUCCCUCUAGUGAUUAUGCAUUUGCUCAAUGGUCGCACCCAAGCCACGACCAAGGCUUGAUGAGCACCCCCCUGCCUACCAAAUCUGAUCUUAUCCAUCUCUGGGUUUUCUAACAUUAAUGCUUAUUACUCUAGGGUGGUUCAGAUAUAAUGUCUAUGAUGGGGCAACUCAUGAAACCGAAGAAAACUGAAAUUACAGGUGUGAAAUAUUCAUCGGAAAUCUUUACCUCAAUGUUAAUGAAAACAUACACUGUAAACACUGUACAUAAUUUUUUUCAUGUUUUCUAAAUCACGUUCCUUUGCUUUUAGAUAAAUUACGAAAAGAGAUUAACAAGGUAAAUAUUGUUUUCAAAACUUCAUGAAGAUCCACUAUAUAAAGUACAAAAUAAAGGAAACUUUCAUUUUAAUAUCGACGUUAAUUAUGACUUUACUGUAGUAUCCUGAUGAUGACUGAAUAGUAGUCGAAACGUCGAUAUUAAAUUGAAAAUAAAAUUGUUUGGAGUUUCCUUUAUUUUGUACUCAGUCACUGGUUAGUUGAAAUACUUCACGUGUCAUCUCACUUUGUGAGAGACGUUCAGUACUGACGGUAUACUGCACCUUAAGGCCACUCAUGGCCAAUGGGUAGGAAUUCUGUUGUUGCAUCUCCAGAGCCCAAAGUGACAAGAUGUUGCAUUAAUAAAGAAACAUCAGUUAUUUCAUUCUGUAGGAUUCCAUAUGAAUUCACCUUCUAAAGGUUGUCUAGCAGGUCUGGCUAAUAGAAAUACAUUUGAGUCUAUAUGUUGUCAACAAGAAGAUAGAUUUUUAAAGUCCAGUUAGGAUAAAACGUCUAAUAAAUGGAAAAGUUUGAUUUGUUAAGCGCAGUUUAGAGUGUGAUGGAGAACCGUUUGAGCUAUAUCUGUAUUUCUUUAACUAUGGUUUUGUUUUAAUGAUGAAGCCGUUUUUCACCAAGCAAAUUUGUUCUCGCGCGCCAGGCAACAAACGAAUUUCGGCAAUAUAUGAUUGGUUAGCGUAAACUCCCGCGAAAAUUUUAUCGUUGACGAGUGACAUUGGCAAAAUUUGUUUUCCGUUUCUCUUCACGCGAGCAAAUUCUCCUAGUGGAAAGUUGACUUUAUUUACGUUGUAAAUUUUCAGGUUGUAAAUAAAUAUAUCGAUCAAGGAGUUGCAGAACUAGUCCCUGGAGUGCUGUUUAUCGAUGAAGUAAGGUUAACUACUGUAUAUACACGUUGAAAUUUACUACAAAAGUUCUGUGAAAUCUGUAGAUGAUUUGACUGCCUGAAAAUGCAAACAGAACUGCGAC